CAAAACUAGUCACAACAUCGUGGAGCGGAAGCCAGUCAGCAGCCCCGCCGAGUGAACCAGUUAAAAGCCAGAGAAAUAGUCUGAGAAAAAUAGAGAGAGAGAGCGAGUUACCCAGAAAGCUUUUUGGAGACAGGAGUAAGCAAGUUUUUCUGAGCCAAGUGAACGCAGCUUUCGGCGAGGCGAAACCACACUCGAUUGAUUCAUUGCCACCGAGCCACUGAACCGCCUCGCAUUCCGCGAAUACCAAAAAAAAAAAAGUCCGCCGAAAAUGUUGCGAACCUUUGCCAUUCUGUUGCUGAUCGCGUUAACCGUUAAUGCGCGAGCUGCACCACAGCGCACCACCGUUGCGCCGGAAAUCGAAACCACUGAGGAUGCACCCGAGGAGUCCACCUACAUGUCCGUGGAAGAAGGAACCGUCACGGUGGACGUCGAUUCGGAUGUGAUACUGACCACCAGUCCCGAGGGCGAAGCUUUCACGGAGGGAAGUCCGAUGGCCAUCACGGAGGAACCACUUCCAGAUUCGGUGGUGCAGCAACUGGAGAUGGAAAGGGAGCAGGAGGAGCGGUUGAAAAAUCCCGAAAAGCCGGAAUCUGACACGGAUUUAGAAUCGGAUAACGAGGAGCCAAGGGAAACAACCACUGAGCAGCCAAAGCCAGAGAACUCAACCACCAAGCGCAGUUUCAAGUUUGGAGAAACCACACUGCCACCGAGUUUCAUCACAACCACCCUCGCUCCCAGAAUCUUCAGCACCACUAAACCACAAGAGGACACAACAACUCCUUCUUCUGAGACCGAAGAAACCACUGAAACUCCGGAGGCGAAGACCCUGAGGAACUUUUUCGAGCGGAGACCUGUGCCAGUGGGAGAUUUCGAUUUGGACAUGGCCGAGAACCGAAUGGAAACCACCACGAAUGCAUCUCCGCAGGAGCCUUUCGAUUUGUCCAUGAUUAUGACCACCGAUGCCGCUUUGGUGGAGGAGGAUCCAUUGGCCAGAAGUGAAUCCGAUCAGGCAGGGUCUGCUGAAACCACUGUGGUGCCAAUAUACCAAUCAGUUAACAACGCAGCUUUCAUGGUGAAAGAACCACAGCCUGAAAUAAAUACUGAGGUGCCGAAAAUAGUUGAAGAAGUUGCCACCACUGAACCUGCGAUACAAGAAUCUACAGAAGGCCCACUGGUUUCAUCCACCUCUGCACCCGAAACCACCACAGAGGCUCAGGAGACCACAACUCCAGUUCCUAGCACCACCGCCUCCACAACUGCAACCACUCAGGCUGAGGAAACCACAACGGCAGCUCCGAGCACCACCACAACCACUGAGGCUGAGGAAACCACAACUCCAGCUCCUAGCACCACCACAACCACUGAGGCAACCACUGAAGCUGUCUUACUGACCACCAAAGUGGAAGCAUUGCUAAAUGCUCAGCCAGAAACCACCACAAGUGCUCCGGAGACCACAACCACCACAUCAACAAGUACUAGUAGUACCACUAGUACCACUAGCACCACUUCCACCACCAGCGCUCCAACCACCACCACCACCACCACAACCACAGUGCGUCCCAUUCAAACGCGUGCUCCACGGGUGGAGCGAAUUUUCAACUCGGACGGAGUGGAGGUGCUCUACGGCUACUCGUCGGUGGUGCGAACGAACAGCUCGUGAGCGGUGCCACGGGUGGCCUGCACCACCAAGAAUGCGACCUUGUCAAGGUCGAACAACUUGCCAUAAUGCGGAGACGGGGAGACAUUGAGCGAUCGGUGAUCGGCUUGUUUUAGGCAAUUUUCAAUUCUAAACGAGUUUUACAAAAGACAAUAUUUAAAUUUUUAAACAACGGUCCCCACAGUGUGAUAAACCAAAAAACAUAACGCUGCGUAUGAAGAUAUCGGAGAUACGGAUACGAAACCACAAAGACAUGAAACAAAACAAAUAAUAUAAUAUUGUGCAAAAUUGUGUACGGUGUGCCAAACGACAAAAAUGCGGAGAAAUGCUGGCGAUAAGCGAUUUUAUAAAUUAUAAAUAAAACAUGAACACCCA